AUGGAAUCGUCAAUAGAUCAAGUAGCUGCCAAAUGCGGUAAGCAGCUGGACACAUUCCAGCGUUGCAUCCUAGCCAAUCAAGAAAACCCAGGAGCUUGCGAGCCUUACAAAACCGAACUCUCACGUUGCGCCGCGGCUGCAGUGCCGCUGCUGAAGGAGGUUAAGAAUCGAUGCGUAACUCAAGUGGUCGCUUACGAUAAGUGUCUGGAGCAGUUUACAAACAAAGGAGAUGCAGAGUUGGAGAAGAACUGCACACCCAGGUUGCGAGAUCUCUGGUUCUGUACCGAGAAAGUAAAGGGCGAGGUGGAGGGAAAGGAUAAUGCCGAGGUACAGAGGAGCAAGCAGGUCGGUAAGGAGGCACUGACCAAGUAA